UAAAUGUAUUCUUCUCCACAGUGGGCUCCCAGGAUGCCUUAGAUCUAGAACUGAUCAUUCUGACUCACUGUAACAAAUCUGGUUCCCGAAAAGUUUGUUUAUUACUCAAGAUCAUUUCUCUGCAAAGAGUCCUGAUUUCACUUUCCAGUUUCAAUUUCUCUUUUGUAAAGUCAACCGCAGAGAAACAGGAAGAGUAACUGCCGACUUGCUGUUAUAUAAGAGUCUCUCCAGCAUCUAUCUGAGGCAGAGGAGGGAAGUUUCUGAAGCGCACAGCAGCCUGAACUUGCAGCCCUUCAGCACAAUGGAAAACUGCAUGGCAACCACAAGUGAGAGCACUAUCGAAUCUUUGGCAAACAGCCUACAGCAAUUAAAAUGCCAUUUCACCUGGAACUUGAUGGAGGGAGAAGAGUCCUUGGAUGAGUUCGAGAACAGAGUGUUCAACAAGUGUGAGUUUCAGAACAAUGAAUUUAAAGCCACAAUGUACAACCUAUCGGCCUACAUAAAGCAUCACAGAGGCCAACAUGCAGCAGCCCUGGAAUUCUUGAGGAAAGCUGAAGAGUCAAUCCAGGAAAAGUAUCAAGACCAAGCAGAGAUCAGAAGUCUGGUCACCUGGGGAAACUAUGCCUGGGUUUACUAUCACAUGGGCCAAUUCGAACUGGCUGAGAGCUACGUGAACAAGGUGAAACAUAUCUGUGCCAAGUUUUCCAGCCCCUACAGAAUUGAGAGUCCUGAGCUUGAGUGUGAGGAAGGAUGGGCUCGGUUAAAGUGCACAAAAAGUCAAAAUGAAGGAGCAAAGAUGUGUUUCCAGAAGGCUUUGGAAAAGAACCCAAAGAGCCCAGAAGCCAACUUUGGAUGGGCCAUCGCGAGCUACCGUUUGGAUAACAGGCCACCAUCUCAGAACUCCAUUGAGACCCUGAAGAAAGCCAUGGAGCUGAAUCCACACAAUCAGUAUGUUAAAGUCCUCUUGGCUCUAAAACUUCAAGAGGUGAAUGAAAAGGAUGAAGGAGAGAGCUUAGUUGAAGAAGCCUUAAAGGAAGCUCCAGAUGCAAUGGAUGUAUUGUGCACUGCAUCGAAGUUUUAUAGAAAAAAACCUGACCUAGAUAAGACUAUAGAACUGCUAAAAAGGGCCUUAAAACACACGCAAGACAAUGCCUACUUGCAUUACUACAUUGGGUGCUGCUAUAGGUCAAAAGUCCUUGAAACAGGGAACAGAAGACAGAAUGAAAACGUCUGGGAAAGAGAGGAGUUACAGAAACUAGUAAGACAAGGGGUGGAUCACUUAAAGAAAGUUGAGAAAAAUGAAAAUUUCCAGUAUAUCUGUAGCUAUAUUGCUGCUCUCUAUGCAAUAGCAGGUCAAUAUGAAGAAGCAGACCACUACUUCCAAAAAGAAUUCAGGAAGGAGCUUACUCCUGUGGGUAGACAAUUGCUCCACCUGAGGUACGGCAAUUUCCAAUUGUAUCAAAGGAAAUGCAAGGAAAAGGCCAUCCACCAUUACUUAGAGGGUCUGAAAAUAAACGAGGAAUCAAAGGAGAAAGAAAAGAUCAAAAUUAAACUGCAAAAGAUUGUCCAGUAACGACUUUUCUAAAAAAAACGAAGCCGAUUCCGAAGCUUUGCAGCUCUUGGCAUUGCUUCAGGAGUUGAAUGGAGAAAUGCAAAGAGCAGAUGAAGACUCUGAGAGGGAGAUGGACUCAAAGCUUCAUCCCUUCAGACAGAAUGAGAUACAGGGACUCGGUGCCCAUAGGGCUUCAGCUGGCACAGGGCUGAAAGCCCUCCACCACAUUGUUAUUCAAAAUAGUUAAAUGACUGGUGUGGCACAGCAUGGACUAAGACACUGGCCAUAGUCCUGGAUUGGAGUUAUGGGGGAACCCUGCUGUGCCAUCCACAGCUCAACUCCAUAUUCAUUCUCUCCGUGUCUCUCUCCUUCUCCCUCUCCCCCGCCCCCGACUCUCUCUGCCUUCUUUCUCUUGUUCCCUAGGCAAUGCUCAAUGUCAAGUGUCCCAUGCAGCAUGAAUUCCAUUUUCCUGUUACCCAUGGUAGAAAUGUUGUUUGAAAAACAGUGAGAGUAGAGACCAUGUCAAAUCCAGAAGGAGCCUGUCUAGGAGACCAUCAAGCAGCCACAGUUCAAGACUUUCCGGAUGCCCGUGGGAAGAUUCUGCCUCCCAUCUGCCCUCCCUAAAAUUGUAAUACAGCAUGUAAAUAAGAAAAAGGAAUUCUGUACCAUAUGUGUCAUUUAGAAACUGAAAUAUACAGUUCUUUAAGA